GACGUGACCUCCACAAAAGGAAAUGAGUUUGAAGAUUACUGCUUGAAACGGGAGCUGCUGAUGGGAAUUUUUGAAAUGGGCUGGGAAAAGCCGUCUCCUAUCCAGGUUGUCGACCAGCGGGCUGCUUGCGCGCAGCCUUCUAUUCCCGGGAAUCCAGCCAAGUUCUUAGCGAUGGUGAUCGUUCCCACCCGGGAGCUAGCCCUGCAGGUCAGCCAGAUCUGUAUCCAGGUCAGCAAACACAUGGGAGGUGCCAAGGUGAUGGCAACGACGGGAGGAACCAAUCUGCGCGAUGACAUCAUGAGGCUGGAUGAUACAGUGCACGUGGUGAUAGCCACCCCCGGGAGGAUUCUCGAUCUCAUCAAGAAGGGCGUAGCAAAAGUCGAGCACGUCCAGAUGAUCGUGUUGGAUGAGGCAGAUAAGCUGCUGUCUCAGGAUUUCGUCCAGAUAAUGGAAGACAUUAUUCUCACGCUGCCGAAAAACCGGCAGAUUCUGCUCUACUCGGCCACUUUCCCCCUGAGCGUUCAGAAGUUCAUGAAUUCCCAUUUGCAGAAGCCCUACGAGAUUAACCUGAUGGAGGAGCUGACCCUGAAGGGAGUUACCCAGUACUAUGCCUACGUCACGGAGCGUCAGAAAGUACACUGCCUCAACACGCUCUUCUCCAGGCUCCAGAUCAACCAGUCCAUCAUCUUCUGCAACUCCUCGCAGCGGGUCGAAUUGCUCGCCAAGAAGAUCUCCCAGCUGGGCUACUCCUGCUUCUACAUCCACGCGAAAAUGAGGCAG